AUGCCACUCAUUGUUACUCCUGUACACUCAGAAAACAUCCCACUCAUUGUAACUUCUAUACACCAGGGAAACAUGCCACUCAUUGUUACUCCUGUACACUCAGGAAACAUGCCACUCACUGUUACUCCUGUACACCAGGGAAACAUGCCACUCAUUGUUACUCCUGUACACUCAGGAAACACGCCACUCAUUGUUACUCCUGUACACCAGGGAAACAUGCCACUCACUGUUACUCCUGUACACCAGGGAAACAUGCCACUCAUUGUUACUCCUGUACACUCAGGAAACAUGCCACUCACUGUUACUCCUGUACACCAGGGAAACAUGCCACUCAUUGUUACUCCUGUACACUCAGGAAACACGCCACUCAUUGUUACUCUUGUACACCAGGGAAACAUGCCACUCAUUGUUACUCCUGUACACUCAGGAAACAUGCCACUCAUUGUUACUCCUGUACACCAGGGAAACAUGCCACUCAUUGUUACUCCUGUACGCUCGGGGAACACAUCACUCAUUGUUACUCCUGUACACCAGGGAAACACAUCACUCAUUGUUACUCCUGUACACUCAGGAAACAUGCCACUCAUUGUUACUCAUCCUUGA